UCUGAUAAUGAAUUGCUAGACUAUUAUAAAACAUCUGAUGACUAUAAAACAACAGAUGAUAAGUAUUUAAAUAAUGAAUUGGUUGUUUCUCAAGAACAUAUAUCUAAAAAAAAACGAAAUCGUGAAAUGAAUUUAAAAAUUACUUUAGAAAAG